CAAUGAAGAAGCAGGGAGCUCCCGUGAGUGGCGGCGGCACUGAGCGGCUCACCAAGCCCAGCUGCCUUAUGGUGGGCAGCGCGGUAGCGGAAGGUGUCUCAGCUCAGUCUUUCCUUCACUCCUUCACUCUCGCUAGUUCAGCUUUCAACCUACAGGUGGCGACUCCAGGGGGAAAGGCUCUGGAUUUUGUGGGCAUCAGUGAAACAGACUCAAGGUGGUUCCAGGAUUUUCAACUCAAGCCGUACUCCAAUCCUGCCAGAUUAGAAUCAAUAGAUGGGUCCCGGUAUCAUGCAUUGCUUAUCCCACAUUGUCCUGGAGCUCUGACUGAUUUAGCAAACAGCGGCUACCUAGCGAGGAUCCUGCAGCAUUUCACAGCAGAAAAGAAGCCCAUCUGUGCCAUUGGACAUGGAGUGACGGCAUUAUGCUGUGCAACUAAUCAAGAUAAGUCUUGGGUAUUUCAGAACUACAGUCUCACUGGGCCAUCUGUGUAUGAACUAGUGCGUCGGCCAGAAUAUGCUAGUUUGCCAUUAAUUUUAGAAGACUAUGCAAAGGAUUCUGGGGCAACGUUCAGUGCCAGUGAACCUGAUGCCAUCCAUGUUGUACUGGACAGACAUCUUAUCACUGGACAGAACGAUAACUCCACAAUGCCUGCAGUCCAGAAUCUGAUCCUACUCUGCAAUGGAAGGAAAUAAAGGUGGGAGAGAGCAAGCAGAGCAGCACUCAUACCAUUCACAGAGGACCAAUUACAAGCCAAGAAGUAAUGUGUAAUUAGAGAGAAAAAACAAGAACAUUCAUUUCUAAUGUCCAUUUCAGUAUCCCAUCUGCUCCCUUUUAAUGGCUGCCCAGCACUUUGUCUCACUGGUGUAAGCAUUAUCUGCCAUCUCAUCUUGUCUAAACAGCAGUUCUGAGCAGGGAACAAGGUUAUGUUCCUUAUAUGCACCAUCUUUUCUGCUUAAGUUAGAAGAUGAGACUGAAUGUACAUACGUGCACUGCAUCAGAUAUAUCAAACUAUGUGUAGUAGCUGUUUGGUACUAUAACUCCCAGCAUCCUCAGCUGAAGUUUAGUUCACAACAACUGGGGGCUAUUGAUAUUCCUGAACACAUACAUUUCUGAAUGGAGUCUGGACCAACUGUUGGUAGCUAUGAAUUUGAUAGUUCUUGAACAACUGAAUACGUCAAUCGAGAUUUAUGAGACUCCAUCUUCAAAAUAAAGCUUACGUGUGCCUGAAAAAA